AUAGCAAUGGCGAUAUUGGUGCCUCUGUGUUUGUUUACACAUUGUAAUCGACCAAUGAAAAUACGCGUUAUACUACAGUAUCUGUGUAUCUGAGUGCCGAGUAAGAGAUAUCCACAUUUUUUAUUCAAAAAAUGAGUUCUAAAGGUUCAUUGGUUACUGCAGCGGUAGCUACUGCCAGUGUGCUAGGCGGUGCAUACUGUGCUUACCUCUACAAGAAGGCAAGGGAGCCUAAACUACCAACAGAGUGGAUAGAAGUUGGCUUCCUAAAAGACCUUUACGCGUACCCAAUCAAAUCUUGCGCUCCGAUUAUUUUAAAUCAAGCUGUGACUACUGUGCUGGGGUUAAACGAUGGAUGGCUGCGAGAUCGUAUUUUAAUGGUAGUAGAUGACAAGUACAACUUUAUCACAGCAAGAGCAUACCCAGAACUGCUGCUAGUUCAGCCUGAGAUACGAACUGCACCCUACCCCAGUUCAGUGCUCACCCUGAAACAUGCAGACAUGGAACCAGUCAGUGUAGACUUGGCUGAGGUAAAAGCUACGCAAUCUCCGAAAACGGCAGUGGUGUGGGGUGUCUCUGUACCAGUAUACGACUGCGGGUGGGAGGCGAGCGAAUGGUUUUCUAGAUUGCUGGAUAGAUCUUCGUUAAACUUCAGACUUGUGUACUACGCCAGUCCUGAAAGUCGCAGCCUAAGAGCAAACACUAACCAACUGUAUAAGUUCACGAAGAACGACACGGGUGCUCUCCCAGAUGAGGUUCCUUACAACCUUAUAAACGAAGCGUCGGUAGAAGACCUCACCAGCAGAGUCAGCGAUUGUAAGGUGACGCCGCGAAACUUCCGCCCCAACUUCGUGUUGUCUGGCGCAAAAGCUUACGACGAAGACAACUGGAAGUUUGUUAAAAUUGGAGACAACGUGUUUGAAAUAAUUAAACCUUGCUUCAGAUGCAUCUUAACCACAAUCGACCCAGAAACUGGCGUUCGCAAUGAAAAGGUAGAGCCGUUGGAAACUUUGAAAACCUACCGCCAAAUAGACGAUCCGGCCGCUCGUCGCUCAGCUGGUAGCUCGCCGCGUUUGGGCUUGCAGAUGGCGCUGCGAUCUGCUCCGGGGAACAUCAUAGCGACCAACGAUCGCAUUUAUGUAGCUUAGAACUUCUUGCCCGUACUAUAGUAAAUUAUUGCUUCUAUCCAAUACGGAUAGAAGCAAUUAAUAAUUUACUAUAGUCCGCGAAAAGCAGGAGAAUCUGUAUAGUGUAAUUUAAAAUUUCUUCAAUCCUUAUACUCCACACCAAACAGAUCUUCGGCAAUGUACCCUCUACGCACGUUUCGCUACGAAACCGGAGCAUCCUCAGGAGAUGUUGACUUUACAAUCAAUAUUUGUUAACCGAAAAAUUUGCCAAAUGUGUUGCCUUUUAUACAUUUCUUUCCCCUACCCCCCUACCCUACCUUAUUUAUCUAGUACCUAGUCGUCGCCAGGCCUACGGAUGAAGCAGGUCAUACUAAGGCUUUUUUAAUUGCGUGUCCGGCCAAAAUAAGCGAUGUCCGGCUUGUCCGGCAUUUUUAAUUUCGCAAACGAGUAAGCGCCGAGCGUGGACGAGGCUUAAUUUUACAAACUAUUUGCCGUCCCUAUUAAUACUGAGUCACAAAAUCCACAAUAAUGUAGGGUGUCCUGCCUUUAUACCCAAAUGUCCGGCGAAACUGGCUCGUCGGUCCGGCUUUUAGGUUAGGUGACCUGGCAACACUACCCCAUAUCCUAUGUUGUGGGUUCGGCACAAUGUUAAACUUUUGCUAUACUUGAAGACAGACUGAAACUCAAGAGUCUGACGUAAACUACUUUACUACUAUUUGAGAAAUUAACAAAGCGAGCGAAUAGAAGUACUACGUGGACAAAUUAUAUAGCAAAUGAGCGACUAUAAGAUCCUAGAUUAUAAUAUAACUAUUUCUUUUAAGAUACUGGCUACGUAGCACAAUCGGUUUCGUACGACAAAAUAUAUUCGCACGUAGCGGCUUACGUAGUAAAACAAAAUGUUCCUUGUACGUAACUGGUUACGUAGUAAGACGAAAUGUUGUUUGUACGUAACUGGUUACGUAGUAAGACAAAAUGUGACUUUACGUAGCACUGGUUUCGUAGG